GCCGCGCAAAUUGCACGUAUAUUUUGAACAGUGUCAACUGCCGCGACUCGACUCGCGCUACCUGUGCCCGUGUCCUGUGUUAUACCUAUAAAAAGUACGUAAACAAAUCAGCAUACUAACUAAGCAGUGAGUCGAGUACAGUCGCAGUGAGAGCCACGAGUGCGUAUCGAGGAACGUUUGUUUGUAGCGAGCGAGUGGUAGACGGAAUCUGUUGCAUUCUGCAGGUCGCAAACAGCGUAACGAUAUGUAGUGGACAGUGUAACGAAAAAAAAAGUUUAAAAAAAAUCAAAAUGGUGGACAUACUUGAAACGGAGGUGCUCGAUGAUGACGUCGGCUACGGGUACGACACGACGAAAAUACCCGAAAUCGUCACCCCUGAUGACAUGAACGAGUCAGGCUACCAGGAAGGGUCUGAUUACUCUGACAAGAGUUACGGCGACCGCAGAGAUUCCAAAGAGGGUUUCGGGGGUGAGGGCGACUCUGAUAGUGGUGUGGAUGUGGUCAGCAGUGGUUGUAGCACCUCUGAUGACUGCCCAGUGGUGUCCAUUAAUGAUGUAGUGGCAUAUUAUGAUGAUAUACGGCCUAGGAAACGGUAUGUGCCGCAGCUCAACUUCUACCACGUGGACAUCGAGAGGAUGACCAUGGAGGCCAUUGCUCAGGUAAGCAACAGUACUUGGCUAUGAAGGUGUCAUAACAACUGAUAACGUGAGU